AUGUUAAGCAAUCUAUUAAAGAGAGCUGAUUUGUUGGUUGAUCCUUAUGAAUUUAACAUUUCUCAUAAAUAGAAAUCCUUAACUCCAAUAGGUGGAUUUCUGAGCAUAUUGCUCUUAGUUUUCACAUCGUUCUAUAUUAUAGGUGUCUUUUAAAGAAGCAUCUAAAAUUAAACAGCCAUUUAUGCAGGUUCUCAAAGUGAUCAAAAUGCCGAAUUCGUUUUAAGUAAUGAGAACACAAUCUUUUCACUUGAAAUUUCAACAUUAAAUGGGACAAUUUUGAAUAAUAAUACAGAUGUUAAGGAUUAUUUCACAUUAAACGCUUAAUAUAUUUAGUAGUAAAGAGUGGAAGGAAAGAUCGGAUUUACUAGAAAUUACAGUCAAUUAAAUUAAACUAAAUGUUCUGACUAAUCCAUCUCCAAAUUCAAUUUUAACUCUGCCUCAAUGACUGAAGAAUAGUAAAAGAACUUGAUUUGUUUUAAUGGGGAUUUCACUCUUUAAGGCUAAUUCUAUGAGCCUUAUUUUGCUUACAUAAAAUUGACUGUGAAUGUAUGUAAUAAUCACACAAGCAAUUCUUGCAAGUCAGCUAAGGAGAUUGAAGAUUUUAUAAACAAAGGAGUUAAUGUAGAUAUGUUCAUUAGAGGAUCUAAGAUUAAACAAUCUCUUAAUUACACCGAUCCAGCGGAUAUCUUUUCAACAAACAUAUUCUGGAGAUUAACCACUGGUAUUGGAGAUAAUGAAGAUAUUUACAUGCAGCCUUUAUAAAUGGACUUGAGGAAAAUUCUGUUUUUCAGUGAUUUAUUUAAUAUUGAAGAUACUGAAAUACUUUACAAUAGUUCUGUAGUUCAGAGAUAAGAAAGAAGAUAAGAACCAAUAUCGAUAGUCUCUGGGGCUUCACUUUGCACAUUUUAUUUAAGAGCAUCAUCUGACACAUCUUAUUAUUUUAUUAAUCAAUAGGAUCUUCCAUCAAUAAUAUUAUCAGCUGUAUCUGAAGCCACUGCUCUAUGUCUGGCUGUAAUGCAAACCAUAAAAAUAGUUUAUAAGUAUUAUAAUCAGCAUAAGACAUUUGAAAUCCUGAUGAAUUCUGUUUUUAAAUUUGAUUUCAAAGCUGUCUAACAAAGAAAACAAACUCAUAUUCAUUAAUCAUAGAUUCCUAAAAGAUCAAACUCUGUAGAUAGCAAAAAUUAGAAAAUAUAAUUGCAAUAGGUAUUAAAAAUUAAUUAUACGAUUAAUUAUUCUUUUCAUAAAUUUCUUCUUUAUUAGAUUAGAAGGUUAAUCAAAACUAUUUUUGGACAGUGCAUCCGAUUAUCUGAUGAAAAAGAGUUAGUUAUAUCUUAGAUAGCUAAGUCGAAGAUAGAACUUGAUUUAGAUCUAACAAAUAUUCUUAAAAAGCUUUAUGAAAUUGAUUGUUUGAAGUUGUUCUUAUUUGAUGAUGAUUAAUUGGUGUUGUUUAAUACUUUUAGUUCUCCUGUGUUUUAAGACCAUAUGUCAGACUAAAAAGAACUAUUUGAUAUUUUGAGAGCUAAUGCCAAAUAAAUGAGAUCAAUAAAUCCACUCUAGUAGCCUAACACUUAACUGAAUAUUGAUAACUAGAAUCUCUAUCAAUAUGCUGCAACAUCAACAAUUCCGAUAAAUGUAAGACUAGCUAAAUUGGCAAGGUUCUUCAAAGCUUAAUUAGGGGCUGAAAAUGCAGAAGAUUUGGUAGAAAACUUUUAAAAGGUAACUCAGAAUAAGAACUAUAAUUGGCAAACAAACAAAUAAUUAAUGCAAUUUGCUAUGUAGAAUUAGAGUUUGUUUAGAUUGGUUUAAAAGAAUUAUUUUACAGAGGAAGUUGUAUAAAAUUCAGAUUAAAUAAAAUAAUCAGAAGAAAAUUUUAAGUUAGAAGUACCAGAUGAAUUUGAUGAAGCUAAGAACCACUCUGAAGCCAUUGGUAGCAAAGAAUCUUUUAAAGAUUUAGAUAUGAAUUAAUCCCCUGAUAGUUUUUAGAAUAGGCUAUAAUGA